AUUAGCGUUACAAUGUCAGAAAAAUAGUAAAGCUGAAACAACAUUUGCGUUAAAACACUUCCUACGAAUAAAACAAAAUCUAAUUUCUUUUUAUUUCUUGAAUAUCAAGUGACCCAAAUUUCAACUUUUUUCUAUAUAUUUCACAAAACUUUCAAAUUUUUUGUUCUAAUAUCUCUCCCUUCAACAUUUUCAUGGUAAUUCUUGAUCUGAGUAUGUGCUGAAACUCUGAAUUUUUUGUUGGAAUUUAUCAAAAAAUUCAUUUUCCUUUGGAAUAUUGAUAAAGUUUCUAGGGCUCCUUUUUGCUGAACUGCUGGAAAGAUAAGGAGCUGUUUGGAUUUUGAUGAUAUUGGAAAUUGGAUUUAGGUAGAGAAAAAUGGGGGAGGAUUAUUAUAACGUGUUGAACGUUGGGAAGACCGCGACAGAUGAUGAUCUAAAGAAGGCUUAUAGAAAAUUGGCAAUGAAAUGGCAUCCUGAUAAGAACCCCAACAACAAGAAGGAAGCUGAGGCUCAAUUCAAGCAAAUAUCUGAGGCCUAUGAAAUUUUGAGUGAUCCUCAGAAAAGGCAAGUCUAUGAUCAGUAUGGUGAAGAAGGUCUAAAAGACACGUCACCUGGAUCUAACGGUAAUCCUCGAAAUGCUGAGGACAUUUUUGCAGAAUUUUUCGGGAGUAGCCCAUUCGGAUUUGGGGCUGGAGUAAAGUCCACAAGAUUCUCAUCAGAAGGAAGUGGUUUAUUUGGAGGAUUUGGUGGGGGUGAGAAUAUUUUCAGAACAGCUAGUGAUGGAACUGGUGCUACUAUGCCCAAAAAACCGCCACCAGUGGAGAGUAAAUUGCCUUGCAGCCUUGAGGAGCUUUAUUCUGGAUCGACGAGGAAAAUGAAGAUCUCUAGAACUGUGGUUGAUGCGAAUGGGAGGUUAGUCACAGAAUCAGAGAUUUUAACCAUUGAUGUAAAACCUGGCUGGAAGAAAGGGACAAAGAUAACAUUCCCAGACAAAGGGAAUGAGCAGUUGAACCAGCUUCCAGCAGACCUCGUGUUUGUAAUCGACGAGAAGCCCCACGACGUUUACCAGAGAGACGGGAAUGACCUUAUUAGGAACCAUAAAGUAACAUUAGCAGAGGCAUUGGGAGGAACAACUGUCAACCUGACAACAUUAGAUGGUCGCAAGUUGACGAUUCCAGUGAAUGAAAUUGUCAGGCCUGGUUACGAGCUAGUGCUUGCAAAAGAAGGCAUGCCGAUCACAAAGGAACCUGGCAACAGGGGUGAUUUAAAGAUCAAGUUUGAUGUUAAAUUCCCUACAAGAUUGACAACAGACCAAAGAGCUGCCCUCAAGCGCGCUUUGGGGGGCUAAUUCAAACGUAUCAUGUGACUAUCGAGGAGCUAGCUAUUUGAUUUCAGAAUCCCAGCUGGUGUUCUGCAGAAUCACAUUAGAAAUAUAGAGUAUUAUUGUGGAUGCAUUCAUUUGUAAAAAGAAAGAAAAAAGUUCUCCUUCAACACUUUGUUCCAUUUGCAAAAGGGUAUAGCACUUCUUUUUUUAAAGAUUCUUUUAAUUGAUUUAGGUGAAAGCAAAGGGGUUAUGUCAAUUAUAAGUCUGUAAAUUGAUAUUUCUCAUUAGUGCGGAUUGAAUUAAUAGAAUGUCAGAUAUUGACACUUUUGAGUUUA